CAUCGGUCAGGAAUACGCUCUUCAAAAGUGGAAAGAGCCCAUUCUACAAUGAUGAAUGCCGACAUGGAUGCUAUUGAGGCUGAGAAUCAGGUGGAAUUAGAAGAGAAAACACGGCUUAUUAAUCAAGUUUUGGAACUGCAGCACACACUCGAAGAUCUCUCAGCACGAGUAGAUGCUGUUAAGGAAGAAAACUUGAAACUGAAAUCAGAAAACCAAGUUCUUGGACAGUAUAUAGAAAAUCUGAUGUCAGCAUCUAGUGUUUUCCAAACAACUGACACAAAAAGCAAAAGGAAGUAAGGGUUGACUCACAGAUUAUGUCAUUGUAUUGCUGCUGUCUUUUGUUUGUUUGUUUGUUUUAAUUGGCAUAGGCUACAUGAGCCAAAAUACCUUAGUUUGUGGCUUUACUGGUUACCUGAAGAUUAUAAACUUUGGUGAUAAACAGAAUUAAGAACAUUAUGAUGAACAGGAGACAUAGGUUUGUGUAUUGUUAAGACUAAGCAACAUGCAAAUGUAGUGUAGA